UACAAUAACAGUUUCUUUCAGACAUAAAUCGUUUCUCAUCAAGUAAGCAACCCGGCUAAUUCCCAACGUCCACUGUGUAUAUUUGUAUUUUAUUUAAAAAAAACGUUAGUCUACCAGUUUGAUACAUCAUGGAGAAAAGACCAAUCAAAUUUGGGAUUAUUCUUACUUUGGCUGUUUCAGCACUCCUUUUCUUUGAGGAUGCUGUGCCUGUUUCCCAUUUACGGAGGGCAACACCCAGCAGCAAUGACGAGACCACCCCAGCUACGCUGUCCGCCUACUACAUAUGCGUCAGAAUCACCAACCGGAUUUACACUGAGUCACUCAAUAAUCAAAGCUCUAAGGAGUACAAACAGCUGAGGAAACAGGUGGAGCAGAUGGUGGAUGACAUCCACAGCCCUUUGCCAGCGUCUGACAAAUAUAUGGGUGUAUUUGAUAUAAUCUUCAGUAAUGGAUCCGUCAUUGCAAACUCGACAGUAAUGUUUGGGACUACAUUCAUGAUCACUCCAACUUUGGUUAAAAGUCUAUUUUACACACAUAUCCAGUCAAAUAAAUCCAAAACCCUUGACCUGGACCGCGCCUAUACUGAAGGUCAACAUCCAAUAAAAGCCACACUACCUCUUGUAGCACGUACCACAGCAACCGUAGCUGCCUUAGUUAGUAUGGCUAGCCGUUCAGGAAGGGACGGGGAUGUAACUACAUCUACAGCAAAUACUUCAUCUGGCAACAUCACAAGUAGUCAGACCCUCACAACCACCACCACUAGUCCUGACAAAAACAAUACAUUUAGCAGCAUAACCACUCAUAUCCCUGAAGACCAUAACAGUACAAUUAGCAGCAUUACCACCCCUAGUCCUGAAGACCAUAACAGUACAAUUAGCAGCAUUACCACCCCUAGUCCUGAAGACCAUAACGGUACAAUUAGCAACAUAACCACCCCUAGUCCUGAAGACCAUAACAGUACAAUUAGCAACAUAACCACCCCUAGUCCUGAAGACCAUAACAGUACAAUUAGCAGCAUUACCACGCAUAUUCCUGACGACCAUAACAGUACAAUUAGCAACAUAACCACCCCUAGUCCUGAAGACCAUAACAGUACAAUUAGCAACAUAACCACCCCUAGUCCUGAAGACCAUAACAAUACAAUUAGCAACACAACUGACCCUAUUACCCCUAAAAAUCCUCCCCAGACCAUUAGCACGACUGUCUUUCAUAAAACCGUUCUAUCAACAACUACCUCGGGCCAAUCUAACCCCCCAGUUGCCCCUACUGAGAGAGCAACAAGCAGGUAUCAGGGUGCCACAGGCCAAACGACCAGUCAUAAGAACCCAGAGAAUACGGAGGCAACCCAUAAGACCACAGAGCAUGCUGCAGCUGUAGUUGCUGGGGGCGGAGAGGGAGUCCCAGGAUGGGGGAUCGCUCUAUUGGUACUGGCUGCCCUGAUCUUGUUAAUCCUCCUUAUUCUCCUAAUACUGCUGCUAGUCUGGUUGUGCUGUAGGCAGAGAUAUGGAAGCUUCAGCCCAUAUAACCAGAUCAACCACGGGGCAGACAUCCAAAUGUACUCCACACACAGCCGCUUCAACGUGCCCAACGGCAAGCCUAAUGACGAAAUGAGAGAACCAUCGAAAAACCAAACAGGGAUGUAUGUGGUGAACGAGUACUGACACAAAGAAGGUCCAGUCAAUUGGGUAAGAAGACCAUCUGAAAUGGCCUUAUGAAGUAAUAUGCAUGGGAGCAAUGACAAUUCUGUACAAAUGGUUCAAUUAUCUCUGAAGUAUCUGAAUGAAGAUCAUGGCGUUGGCUCACUGAUUGUAAUUUCAACCUGUAUUUAUUCAAAUCACAUUUAUAAAGCCCUUUUUACAUCAGCCGAUGUCACAAAGUGCUAUACAGAAACCCAGCCUAAAACCCCAAGCAGCAAGCAAUGCAGAUGUCCUAAUGUACAAAUGGUUCAAUUAUCUCUGAAGUAUCUGAAUGAAGAUCAUGGCAUUGGCUCACUGAUUGUAAUUUCAACCUGUAUUUAUUCAAAUCACAUUUAUAAAGCCCUUUUUACAUCAGCCGAUGUCACAAAGUGCUAUACAGAAACCCAGCCUAAAACCCCAAGCAGCAAGCAAUGCAGAUGUCCUAAUGUUAUUUUAUUCCUAAUGCUUUUACCAGUGGAGGCUGCUGAGAGGACGGCUCAUAAUAAUAGUUGGAAUGGAGUCAAUGUAAUGGUAUCAAACACAUAAACACCUGGUUUCCAUGUAGUUGUUACCAUUCCAUUCUAUUAUUCUGUACGUAAAUCCGAGACACUCCAUUUAGUUUAUGUUACUCCUCCCUGACCAACCUCCCUACUUUAGUUUCUGUCUAAAGUAACUAGGCCAUUAAAAGGUAUCAUGUGUCUUGACGUGCUCAGAAAUACAUAAAGUAUGUUUUGAAUGGCUCUGAGGUCAGGCUGGCCAUUUUGGCUUCAUUGUGGCAAUAAUUUGAGUUGUAUUUUCUGUCUUUACUGAAGGCAAGCUUAACCUUGGUAUAAAAAAAAAGAACGCUGAUUCUAGAUCAGUAAAUGGGAUCAACAUAUGUAUCCUGCAAUUAACAUGUAAGAAGAAUGAGUAGGAGUGCAAUACCCAAUCAGGUACAGUUAACAAGAAGUUCAUUGUUUUCAAAGACUAUAAAUCAAACCUUUUGACUUGGGCUGAGAGAUCCAGAUGUAAUUCCCUACCGCUGGAUAAGACAUGUUUUGAGAUAGGAUGCUAGCAUGCCAAACAGUUAACUAUUCCACAAACACAACCCAGUGAGUUAAACACCAAUGUGAUGUAUAUUUGACAAUCUGAUUAAAUAAAUCCACCAUUAUUAAUCAAA